AUGCCUGUGAAGGUAGAGAAAAAGGACACUCCCUCUCCAGAUUUGACAGAAGUCACUUUCAAGAAAUCUGUUCCAAUGGUCACGUACCUCGUGUGUUUCAUUGUGUGCGAUUUUACAUACAAGGAGGUACUCAUGAAAAGCGGAAUGCCUUUCCGAGUAUAUGCUCCAGAGGGCAGAGUUAAAUACACGCAAUUUGCUCUUGAAACUGGUGUAAGCAUUUUGCAAAUGUACGAAGAGAUGUUUGACUUACCUUUUCCACUACCAAAGAGCGAUAUGGCUGCCAUUCCUGAUUAUUCCUCAGGGGCGACUGAGCACUGGGGCAUCAUUACGUACCGAGAAACAAACACAAUCUUUUUUCAAUGA